ACGAGUCGCGCGAGCGACCAGUCAUCGGUUUACAUUUGUAGAAUACAGAUGUAUUUGCGUCCGAGUACUGUUUGAUUAUUGCUUUCACUUGCUGAUUGAAAUGCACUUACCGAUUGUUGUUGAUGUGGAUUGACAAAAUUUGUACGAAUCGUCACCGUGGCGUCUUUUUUCGCUAUCUUUAACAAUUGAUUACACAACGUGUGACGCGUGAAUGUUUAGAAAAAAGGGAGAGUGACACAGCUCGAUUUACCUACCAAGAAGUAAUCGAAUUUUCGAUAUAAAACAGCUGAUUCAGUGUUCUACUGUCGCGUAGAUGUAUUCGUAGAACUUACCUAUACAUUUGUGUGUACAUAUGUAUGUAUGUACAUUUACAUAUAACUAUAUUAGUGCCACAGGUGUUUUCAUAGCGCGCAUCGGUCGCCGUCAAAAAUAGAUAAAAUAAAUUGCAAUAGUUUCCGAACCAAUAUCGUUCACGAGUGUGCAGACAUAAUUAUCUAACUCCAGAGCUCAACGUUACCCGACUGCCGACUGCUAACGUCCGAGGUGCUUAUCACGUCCAUACUUAUCACAGUACUGAGCUCAUAAACUCAGAAUGGACAGCUCUCGCAAGCCUGAAAAAACAAAUCCUCGUCGACAUGCGAAUAUACUUUCGCAACUGCUUUUUGUUUGGGCUAUACCACUGCUCUACAAAGGCUCCAAACAUGGAUUGAAUACUGAUGACUUAACCAUGUGCCUGCCACAAGAUUACUCAGAAGAUUUGGGAGAUCGCUUAGAACACAAAUGGUAUAGUGAAUUGGAGCGCGCACAUCGCAAGGGACGUAAGCCUCUACUGCGGAAUGCUAUACUUCGCACUUUCUGGCUACCCGCUGUGAUUGACGGCGCCAUAUCGCUUAUUUACAUCGUAAUUAAAUCUCUUAUACCAGCCGUGCUAGCGCAAUUGCUGAUGCAGUUUCAGAAAUCAGUUGGACCCACCUCAAUUCGCAUGACGAAUGCCACAACCGCCGAUGCGAUAGUAAAUGCAACAAGUCGCGCAGCUCGUUCCAUUGAUUCAGUAAUGAAAAAUAUGUCAUUGUUAUCAUUGGUUACAGAUAUUGGUAUGGGUGCGGGCAGUGGCGGAGCGUCGUCUAACACGAUUGAUGUCACCGGAAAGCCUACGACUGAACCAUUUUUGUUUGCUGAUAACUCUUCUCUGGCGACGAAACAUGCAGAGUUGGCAGCUUUCGAUGAUCCGAUUUUACAUAUUUGGAAUGAUGUGUAUUGGCUGGGUUCUAUUUUGGUAACAUCUACACUACUUGGCUGCUUUCUUAUUCAUCAUGUAGAUUUGCGGCAGAGAUUGAUGGGUGCGCGCAUGCGUAUUGCUUGCUGCUCGCUGAUCUACAGGAAGACUCUUCGUCUCUCGAUGCGAUCUGCUGGACAAACACCUGCUGGUUAUCUAAUCAAUUUGCUCUCUAACGAUGUAAAUCGUCUUGAUUAUGGCUUCAUAUACAUGCACUGGAUCUGGAUUAUGCCAUUGAAUGCCAUGCUAAUUUGUUAUCUCAUUUGGCUGCGCAUUGGUUGGGCUGCAGUUGUUGGUGUGGUUGGUCUCUUACUUAAAACCAUACCCGUACAAACUGGCUUCAGUAACUUGGCUUCAAAGUUGCGCAUGAAAAUCGCCGAACGCACCGAUGCUCGCGUUGGUAUCAUGAAUGAAUUGGUGCAGGGAAUACAGGUGAUUAAAAUGUAUGCCUGGGAGAAACCCUUUCAGGUUGUUGUCGGUGAGGCGCGUCGACGUGAAAUCAAACAAAUUCGUUAUGCUUCAUAUUUGCGUGGCUUCUAUUUGAGUACAAUGGUGUUCACUGAACGUUCCACACUCUACAUAACCAUUGCAUCGGCGGUGCUUAUGGGAAAUCAAAUUUCAGCAGAUAUUGUUUUCUCGGCGGCUAGUUACUACAAUAUAUUGCAAUUGGUUGCAGCCAUUUGGUAUCCACUCGCUGUGUCCUUUGGUGCCGAGGCGCUAGUUUCCCUAAAACGCGUUGAAUCGUUCCUGCUGCAAGAGGGGCAUGAUGAGAAGGCUAUCGGCCUCACGCACCGAAAGACGAAGCCUAAAGGGGACGAGCGUGAUGCCGCCACAGCCAUUGUACUCAAACAGGUGAAUGCAAAUUGGGAUUUGACGAAACCGCAGCACACGUUACAGGACAUAAAUUUGGAGAUCAAGAGAGGCCAAUUGUGCGCGGUUAUCGGGCCUGUGGGUGCCGGCAAGAGUUCAUUGCUGCAACUGCUGCUGUCCGAACUACCAAUCACCGAUGGCGAAGUUGUUAUUCAAGGCGAACUUUCGUAUGCUGCUCAAGAGCCAUGGCUAUUUACAGGUACUGUGCGUAACAACAUAUUGUUCGGUGAGUCGUACGAUCGCAAACGUUAUCAUGAGGUGACGAAAUGUUGUGCGCUCUCUACGGAUUUCCAGCAAUUGGCCAAUGGGGACAAGACUAUUGUGGGCGAGCGAGGAGCAUCACUGUCGGGUGGCCAACGUGCGCGUAUCAGUUUGGCACGUGCCGUUUACAAGCCCGCCUCUAUUUACUUGCUUGAUGAUCCCUUAAGUGCUGUGGAUGCACACGUCGGUCGCCAUCUCUUCGACGAAGUGAUUGGCCCACGCGGUCGUUUGGCUAACGAAAAAGCUACACGUGUUCUAAUUACACAUCAAGUACACUUCCUCACCGAAGCCGAUUGGGUUGUGAUUAUUGAGAAUGGACGCAUUUCACGCCAAGGUACCUACGAGGAGUUAUCUAAUAGUGAUUUGGAUUUUGCUAAAUUACUUGAACGCAUAAAAGAGGAAGAAGAUGUUAUGGAAAGUGAAAACGAAUCUGUUUUAUCACAUGACUCGACCACUUACGAAGAUGAGGACAUUCCCUAUAUUGAUGGUGUGCGUGAUGGAUAUCAACCUUUGCGUCGCGCCAGCGCCAACGAUGGUUCAUUGACACGCAAAUCGAAUAGCCUGGCCUUGAGUUCGGAGCCGGAUCUUUCCGAAGACUCAGGUUUAGCUGAGGAUCAAGCAAAGGGUGGUGUUUCCGGACGCGUAUGGUGGGAGUAUUUCCAUGCUGGCAGCAGUCUGUGUGGUCUAAUUUUCUUGACUCUCAUAAUGUUGUUGUCGCAGGUGGUUUGCAGUGGUUCUGAUUACUUUGUGAAUAUUUGGACGCAGGAGGAAUAUUUGCGUUCGAUUAAUAAGCCGACAACUUUUACCACGUACGAGUGUUUGUAUAUUUAUGGUGCACUUAUUAUUGCUGUUGUUGUGAUGACCGUCUUCCGUGGCUACCUCUUCUUCAAAAUCUGCAUGCAUGCGUCCAAAGUGCUACACGAUCGUAUGUUCGGCAGCAUACUUCGUGCGACGAUGCGUUUCUUCGACACAAAUCCCUCCGGUCGGAUUUUGAAUCGUUUCUCCAAAGAUAUGGGUGCCAUUGAUGAAUACCUACCGAAGGCUAUAAUGGAUUUCAUACAAAUUGCGCUGGUCAUGUUUGGCAUAUUAAUUGUAAUCACUAUAAUCAAUCCCUUGCUGUUGGUAGCUAUUUUGAUAGUGGCUAUCAUCGAUUAUUGGGUGUUGCAAUUGUAUUUACGACCAUCGCAGGAUCUUAAGCGCUUGGAGGGUAUAUGUCGCAGUCCUGUCUUUUCGCAUCUCUCAGCAACACUCACCGGCAUUGCAACGAUACGCGCGCGCGAAUUGCAAGAUAUUGUGGUGAAGGAAUUUGACAGUCUGCAGGAUGUGCAUAGCGCAGUGUGGCAGCUGACAAUGGCCUCGAAUACGGCGCUGGGUUUGUGGUUGGACUGUGUCAGCUGUUGCUUUCUUACCGCGGUGACUUUCAGUUUCACGUUGCUUGACAGUCAAACAUUCAGCGGCAACGUGGGUUUGGCCAUCUCUCAAGCCAUGAUUCUCACUGGCAUGGUGCAGUACGGCGUGCGUCAAGUGGCCGAAUCUUUGCAGCAGAUGACCAGCGUGGAGCGUGUGCUGCAAUAUACCGAACUCGAACAGGAAUCCGAAAUUACCAAGUUGCCUCCGAGCAGUUGGCCCACACACGGGCAGGUAGAAUUCAAGGACUUGUCGCUGCGUUACGAUCCUAACAAUCCACCAGUUUUGAAGCAUUUGAAUAUUACCAUCGAACCCAGCUGGAAAGUGGGCGUUGUGGGACGUACAGGCGCCGGUAAGAGCUCGCUUAUAGGUGCGCUCUUCCGCCUCUCAAAUCUCGAAGGUGACAUUCUCGUCGACGGUAUUGAAACGGGUAGUAUUUCGCUGGAGGUGCUGCGUUCAAAAAUUUCGAUUAUACCACAAGAUCCAGUGCUUUUCUCCGCUACCAUACGCUAUAACUUGGAUCCGUUCGAUAAGUAUGGUGAUGCUGAUUUGUGGCGCGCGCUAGAAGAUGUUGAACUAAAAGGUGCCAUACCGGGCUUGGACUACAUGGUGACACAACGUGGCAGCAAUUUCAGUGUGGGCCAACGUCAGCUGCUGUGCUUGGCGCGUGCCAUAUUACGUAAUAAUAAAGUGCUGGUACUAGAUGAGGCCACCGCUAAUGUGGAUCCACAAACUGAUGGUCUCAUACAAACCACCAUUCGCACCAAAUUCAAGCACUGCACUGUGCUAACUGUAGCACAUCGUCUACACACAGUCAUGGAUUCGGAUCGUAUACUCGUUAUGGAUGAUGGGCGCGCACGCGAAUUCGACAUACCGCAUUUGCUGCUGAAAAAACACGGUGGCGCAUUGCGACAAAUGGUGGACGCUACUGGUGCUGAAGCGGAUGCACUAAAGAAACUCGCCAGCGAAUCUUAUAAUAAGAUGCAGCGCGCGUGAGUUGAGGGUGUAAGUGUGGUCUCGCAGAAAAGAAAUUCACGCAGGCACACCGGCACACACUUGUAGGAGGUGCCUAUGCAGCAUUUUGAUGUGUUGAAAUGUGAAAGAAAGUGGGUUUACAGAUGAGUGGAAGUGAAGAAGUAGAGUAGUUUAUGAAAUUAAAACUGCCUUUAUCAAAUGGUAUCUUGUUUUGGGAAGUUUACCAUUAGUAUGCAUAUAAUUAAUCAAAUCAAAGAAAGCACUGAAAUAUGCGACUCCAUACCGUUUGUUUUUUAGCUAAGUUUAUUUUUUAACCCUUUUUGUUUUAUUUCUCGUAUUUUAAAGCAAUUUUUAAAGCAACUUUUAACAUUUUAAGCAAAUGGAUAUGUCCUGUCAAUAUUUUUUUAUUUCCGCAGGUCUAUUCUGCACUUUUACAAAAUUUUUUUUAGUGUUUCGAGGACAAUUGUUACCGAUAAUUUAGUUACCGCUAUUUUAAGUGGCUUGGAGGCUCGGGAAUAACGCCAAAACCGUCGGUGUUUAUUUAAAUUUUGGAAUUAAGACAAAUCUGUAAAAAUCUACUUAAACAAUUAGAAAUAUUUAGCCUUCUUUUGAAUUGAAAACGCCUUCAAACUUUAUUCCUAUCAUAAAUUUUACUCUAAGAGUAUUAUCGGCAAUAAAAUGUGUAUCAUCUGUAGUUCGGCGGACGCCGUAGCCAAAUAGAUUGCAUAAAAUUUGCGAAAAUUCGACAAAUUUUCAUCAAAAUUUCAAACUUUUUACUCAGAACUUUUAGAAAAAUUUCGAGUAUGCAGCUUUAGUGGUCAUUUUGGUAUGAUAAAGUGCAAGUUGCAAGUAGACAAAAAAUCAGGCUAAUUUUUGAGAAUUUUUUUUGGAUUUGGUCUUGCGCAUUUUCUCUACUCAAAAUUUUUUUUAUACGGAAGAAAGCACCCAACAACGUCAGCAGAAAAAACCUCAUAGAUUUUUUAACUAAAUACUUGAAACUUGCACCAUAAUAUAUUGUACUAAAAAUUAAUGAUCUGUAGAACUGCAUAUUUGAAAUUUUUCUAAAAACUCUAAGUAAAAAGUUUGAAAUUUUUAUAAAAAUUUGCCCGGUUUCUAUAAGUUUUAUAAAAAAUUUAAAACUUUGAUUUAUAUGCUAGUUGUUGUAGGAUGCACAAUAUUUUUAUAAAAAAUAAUUGAAAUUAUGCAAUCAAUAAAUAAAAAGGCAAAACUUAUCAAUAUGUGAUGUACACUUUAUUUUGAAGCAGACAAGCUUCUAAACGUAGGUUUCGCCAACUUUUUUUAUACAUAUUAGAUGCUACUUUCCAAGGGAGAUGUCCCACACUCUUUUUAAUAUAAUAUUUAAUAUGAUGUAGUAAGGUAGCAUUGAUAAAAUAUGUCUACAUGCCACAUCACAGAAAUAUGACGUAUGAAAAUUUCAUUUUUUAUAGAAAGCGUCAUGCUCCCUUUACCAUUAAGCACAAUUUUUCUCCAUUGGUAUGGAAUUUAUAAUAUCUGCCUUACACCAAAGCUCAGUACUCUAUCACAAAUAAUUUCAGAGACAUGCAGUAUGCAAAUUUAAGUUAGUAUGGUCACUAUGCGUCAUAACAUUUUUUUUUGCCUAAGACAUUUGGAAGCCCUUGCAGAAUCCAUAACCAAAAUUUCAACAAAAUUGGUUCUCAAGUUUUGUGAACAGACUGGCAGAAAAAUGGCUUUCAAAAUAUACACUCCAUUAAAUAACUAUACUAAAUAACUAAGACCAAUAUGCAAGUUUUAACAAUUCACUUGUCUUUCAUUUAUCUUUAAUAAUUUUUUUAUGGAAAUAUUGUUCAUUGUUCUACAUAUAAACCCAAGUUUCAACUUUAUUCAAAUAAAAUUAAGUAACAAGCUUUCAUCAAAAUGUCGCACUUUUUAAUCGGGACCUAUAGAAAAACUUCGGCCGUUAAAUUUUGUUAUAAUAAAGUGUAAGUUUCAAAUGGCUCCAAAAUUGCGUUGAUUUUUGGCAAUUUUUUUCUGGCGGGCUUUCCUCCUUCUUUCAAGGAGAAAGAAUUCAAAAGGGAAUGCUACAUUUAAAAAAAAAAAGUUCUAAUAUUACGUCAACUUAUUAACAAAAGGGUGAUCAGUUUGGAGGCAUUGGAUUUUAAAUUGGAAUAACCGAAUAUUCAAAUUAAUUGUGCAAUCUUUAUUAUUUUUGUGUAGAACCAUUCAUGACAUUAUUUUUUAAAGAUAAUCCCUUUCAAAUAUUGGCCGCAACUCCGCCAUAAUUCUGAUGACCGAAUUAAACAUCAAUCAAUGACUCACUGAAGGACUUCCGUUUUUAUUCACAAAGCAUUUAGACGUCACAUACCCCUACAAAUAAAUAUCCAAAAGUGUGAUAUCACACGAUUUUGGUGGCCAAUACACUGGUCCGACACGAGAGAUAAAUUACUCACCGAAACGACGACGCAGUAAACAACCAAAUGUUGUGGAGAACAUGGGCUUCAGUUUCCGGCAUGAAAAAUUCGGUUUUAUAGCGUUCGCCAUUCACUGUUACAUUGGCGCCAGUCUCGUCUUUGAAGAAAUAUAAAUUAAUGAUUUCUCCAGCCAACAACCCGCACCAAACGGUUGCUUUCAAUGGAUAUAAUGGCUGUUCUUGAAUGGCUUCGGCUUGCUCUACAUCCCAAAAAUGGCAAUUUUGCUUAUUGACAUGGCCAUUAAGCCGAAAAUGGGCCUCGUCGCCGUACACCAUAAGUUGGUCUGAGCGCGCGAUGAACACUUUUCGCAGAGCUUCGAUUUUCGUAAUACAAUUUUAAGAUUUGUAAACGUUGUUGAGGCGUAAGUCUGCCAAUGAUGAAAUGUCGAUGAAUACUGAAAAAAAUUAUGUACUUAGUUUGACAGUACUCCCGCGUGAUCUGUAAAAAACCGUAUUAGAAAAAGUGCCUCAAAUCUGAUCACCCUUAUUACGCCAAAUUCACUGAGGAGUGUUUGGCGCAACCUUCUGUACAAUCUCAAGCUUGCUAUUAUUACUUGCUGAAACAAUUUCACCAUACUCUACGCUAUCAAUGCGUUAAGGUUGAAAUUACAAUGAUUAUUAUUUGCUAUAUCGUCGGCCGGGACGCAAAGUGCCGAAACGAACAAUUUUCGGUAACAAAAUUUGCCUCGUACAAAAUCUAUGUUAACGUGAAUACUAAUUCAUACUGCCCUAAAAUCUCGUUUGACAAUAAAAUAAAUAAAUACCUAAUCGUUAUAUUGUAGUAUAGUGUAAAAGUGGUUCGCACUUCUCUUAGACGGACAAAAGCUGGCUGACGGUGAGUACCGGCCCAAGGUAGGUUUCACUUUUUUUGUUAGAUUCUUUUUUGUUUUUAAAAUUUUGUUUUGAAAAAUUUGCUAGGAAUCGUUCUGUAUAAUCCUCAAAAAUCCUAUAUCAAUUAAAUGUUUGGUUUCAAAACUUUUGUUUCUGAAUCGUUGGAAUAAAUAUAAUUAAUUUAUUCUUAUUUAUAAUUGAAAAAUAGGAAACAAUUAAUCAAAAAUAUUAUGGAAAUGUAUAGAGAAAUGCAGAAAGAGCCUGAAUUACUUUACUUACAAAGGCAAUCAAUCAUAAAUUCAGUUUCGAAUAUACGAAAUAGUUUUACGCAGCACAAAAAGCGAGUUUUCGAAAAAUUUAUUUAAAAAAUUUAUUAGGUAAUUUAUGUAUAUGAAUUUUAUUCGAGUUAAACAUAUACCAAGUCUUGCCUUAAUAGCUACCUACAUAUGUAUGUAAAGGGUGGUUAAAUUUCAAAGGCCGAUGUUGAAUCUGGACCACACCUAAACGUCAACGACACCGUUGGACUUCUUUCUUUGGGGUUAUUUGAAAGAAAAGAUGUACGUCGAUAAGCCAGCAACAAUUCAAGAGCUAAAGGAUGAGAUAAUUCGGCACAUUAACGGCAUAGAACCUCAAUUAUGCCUCAGCGUCAGCGAAAAUUUGGACCUUCGGAUGGAGGUGUGCCGCCGAGGCCGCGGCGCCAUUUGGCCAAUAUUUUACUUCAUACGUAACUGAGCCAUACCAAUAUUAUCAUAAUAAAGAGAAAUGACAACAAUUUACUACAACAAUUGUAUUUUAUUCAAAAUCAACACCGGCCCUCGAAACUUAACCACCCUUUAUAAUAAUUUUGAAAAGUUGAAACACAUUUUAUUUCUUGUGAUGACCCGAGUUCGUAUUUUAGAAUACAAUUUUCAAUUUACUUUCGUCUUUCUGAAAAAAAAAACAUAAAAAUCAGGGUGGCAGAAAAACAGUUUUUUCUUCUUGAUGUUACCCCUUCCCCAUAAACAAUUUUUUUUUCUUCGCGAUGUUACGCCUUCCUUCACAAAUGUCCAAAAUUUAUAAAAAUGUUAAAAAUUGAAAGCAAAAAACAAAAAAUAAAACGUGUAUCUCGUGUUUUUUUUUUUUUUGUUUUGGUAUAAUUUUUUGGACAUUUGUGAAUAAAUGUUUGAAGAGGGGAAGAUUAAAUAGAAUCUGUAAACAUUUUAUACAUAAUUUAUGGAAAAAUACGUUUUUCGUCUUCUGAUUCAAUGAUAAUUUUCAAAGCGUUGACAGCACGCGCAAAUAUUAAAUAAACAAAUACAAUUAAAAAUAAAAAUAAAGAAAUAAAUAAGUAAAUAAAAAUUAAAAGUAGAAAAUAGAAAAAAAUAAAAAAAAUAAAUAAAAAAUAAAUAAAAUAUAUUAAUACAAAAGUAAAAGAAAAUAAAUAUAAAGAAAUUAAAAAAAGUGUGUAAAAUUUUUUGCCAUUCAACAAGCUUGGGGGGGAGAAAAACACUUUUUAGGCCAUCUCAAUAUACAUAUAUAUUUUUAUAAUAUCACAAGGUGAAAUAUUACAAGAUGAAAUCCCUAAUUGCAUUGCAACAGGGAAUAUUUUUAUUUAAAACUUGAAAACACGACUUUUUAAACGUAAUAUCGUUUGUUGGUGAUCUACGAAGAAAGAAACAGAAUUUGAAUUUAAAAAAUAUAUGUAAGUGUCACCUUGGCUCGAAAUUCUUUUAGUUCAUUUUACUAGGUCCAAUAACACUGUGGAACAAAUUCAGGUUAGCAAAAAUUAGGUCCAUUCUGAGAGUGGCGGGUGAAAAUAGAGGCGAAAUUAGAAGACCCGUAUCGCGCCGUUUUUUUAUGUUAGUUCGAAUUUUUUUUAAUCGGCCUUCGAAGUUUGCAGUCAAAUGCCGAUUUUCAGUAUAUUGUUUCAUAAGUACCACACAAAUUUUCGAAAUCAAUUUUUUCAAAAAUUGUAAUUGUUGCACAGGUCUCUAGCAAUAAUUUGGCUUUUACAGAUUGAAAAAAUAUCAAUAUAGCCAAAAAACCAUAUAAACAAUUUUGCUCCGAUUUCGAACUUCGAAGGCCGUUUAAAAAAAAUUCGAACUAACAUAAAAAAACGGCGCGAUACGGGUCUUCUAAUUUCGCCUCUAUUUUCACCCGCCACUCUCAGAAUGGACCUAAUUUUUGCUAACCUGAAUUUGUUCCACAGUGUAAUCGUAAUGUAAAAUACUCACAAAUUUAUUGCCAAUUUACUAAAACUAUCAACUAACUAUCUUCCACUCUACUUCCCACUCGGCGCGCAUUUCACACUGAGGAACGCUGCAAAUCGAACUUCACAAUCAUUUACAACACAAAAUGUAGCAUUCUAGAAUUUUAUAGUAAUUUUUAAUUGUACUAUACUUAGUACUUAUAUGAAUGUACGUAAAUAUAAUAUUAUCAUUUUUUUUAUAAAUAAGCGAUAUUCAUAUGUGUACUAUGUACUUAUAUGUACGUAUGUACUGUAAUAGUGUAAUUUUAAACGGCAAAAUAGCUUUAAGUGUUAAUCAUGUCAUUUUAAAGAAAAAACUGUUACUUAAAGGUGUAUUUUUUAUAACGUGAGUGUACUGCAAUGACCUUUUCUCAAAUGUAUGACCCUUUUUUUCUUUCAAUCAAUUUUUAAUUUAAUUAUAAAAUAAGUAAUAUUACGUUGUUGAAGUGUGAAUUGUUAUACCUAUAGUAGCUUAUUUCCAUGGAAGGCUAAUUAUAGUUUAUGUUUAACUGCUGUUAAACGACCAAAUUUUCGUGCACUUAUUGUAUAUCAAAGCUCGUAAAUCCUCUUUUAGAGUGGAGUUAACCUAACCGAAAAUGUUAAAUUUGUUUUAGUAGUGAUGCCAUACUUUCAGUUGCAAACAUUUUUACAGAAUACCUACAGGCGCGCCCGAAAUAGAAAAAUGUGUUUCCUUUAUUUUUUACAUAAAUAUAUAUUUUUUAUAAUAAAUGUAGCCAAUACUCCUACUUUACGGAACUUACAAAUACUGAGGAAGCAAAUCAAAAGCAUAAACUUUAUAUAAAAACACAGACAGUUCUGGGAUCUAUUGUCAGCAAACAUCUAAUGUAAACAAAAAUUAUAAACUGUUGUGUGCACUGAUGCGCGCGGAUGUAAUAACCUGGUUAACUCCAUUUUAAUGAGAAGGUUUGGCAUUUGCGGAACUUAAAUAACAGAGCUCUUUACACUAUCGUUAAGCCUUUAGUGGAAAAAAACUCUAUAUCACACAACAGUUUGUGAGGGACGAACAAACAAGUCUAUUAAAAGCACUACCAAAGCCUUUUGGAAGAAUUUUUUUUUUUCAAAAUUUUUAAGAGCAUCUAUUUUGUAAGCUCGACUACUGUCGAAAUGUGUACUUUAGAUCUAGAAAAAAAAUACUUACUUAUUUUAAAAAUUAAAUUUUGCAAUAUUUCCAUGGGGUUUGGUAAAUUAUGUAAAAAAAAUGUUUAAAUGAUUUUGUAAUUUACAAAUAGUGUAAGAUAUUGCUAGCUUAAGUCUAGUACUAACUUCAAAGACGUGUAAUUUCACCAGCAACAUGCAUUUGACUUGCCGUAAAAUGUUUCUAGCAACAUUAAUUGUCGAAUGAGAAGAAACGUCAAAUGUAUGAGCAGCGUUCCAAUUGGCAAAUCUUUUGCAAAUUAAUGCACAUACAUAUAUUGUAUAUUGACACAAAAUAUUUAAAGAAGAUUUACUUGCAUUCUUUGCGAAGACGCUUCACUUAAAAAUGCCAUAUCUUUGGAGUAUUCAAAAUCAGGGCACUUCACUCGUAAACGAACUGGCAGUUUUCGCUCAUUUUUAAAUGACAUGAGUAUUUUGAAUAGGUGUGAAAAUAUGCUUUCACGGCGUUGACUGAGUUCUACAUACUUUGCCGUGGAAUACAUACGAAAUGUCACGGCAAUGAAAUUUGUAUGGAUUUUGACCGCCAUUCCACGUUCAACACGAUCUUAAUAUUAUACUAUGCUUUAGAGUGGAAAGCUGUAAAUUCGCGUAUUCCAAGCUGAAACAACUCCAAAAGAGAUCGAUUCCACAACGUUGAUGAAAUGGUUUUUAUUUUUUUAAUCUUGGGACUUAACAUUUUCGGUGAUUAUUUUGGACUUGGUAAAGUUGCUUAUCACUGAAUGGAAGCUAUUAAAAUUAAACGGGUGGUUCAACAUUUUAGAAAACGAUGCAUUUUUCAACGCCUCCUAUGUACAUUAAUAAAUGUGGCUAAAAAACUUCUCACUUAGCAAAUUCUCACUUUAAACUAAAGAUAUGAGUGAUUACUUGUGGCCUUAUUCUUUAAAUAAACAAUAGCUCAACAUACUUUGAUAUGAAAUGGCAUGUCCUAAUAUUUUUUUUUCAUAUCUAAAUAAAUUUAAUAAAUUUAUAUUAGUAAUUUUUAUACUUGUAUAAAUUUACUUUGUCAGUUUUAUAAAAUAAAAUAAAAAUAAAUAAAAGCAAUCAAAUAUAAAAACAAGCCAUUAU